UCCCCAUCAGUGCGACAGUUCAUCGAUCUGUCAUACACACUAUAUUUGCGGUUAUGCGAAAAUCUUGAAAAUUCCACCAUGUUUUAAAGACGUGUAUCUAAUAAUAAUGUCAUCGUUCGAAAUAAUAUCGGAUUACUCCAAGUCCAGCCUAAAGGAAAUUCCGGAAAAUGUGCUGGACAUGUCCAAUUUGAAGAUGCUCUUCCUGGAACGGAACCUCCUGGUCGCGUUACCGGAAGAUUUCUUUUUGAAAUUGCCGAACUUAAUGUGGCUCGACCUGAGGAAUAAUCAGCUGGAAAGCAUACCCCGAUGUAUCGCCCACCAUCAGCACUUGGAACAUUUGUUGCUUACUAAUAAUAAUAUUAGUAAGUUGCCCAAUGAGUUGGGUUCAGUUUCAAAUCUAAAAGCCCUUCAAAUUGCCGAUAAUCCCUUAACGUAUCCCCCGAAGAAAGUAAUCCAGGAAGGCACCAAAUCAAUAAAACGCUUCCUCAAAGAGCAGUAUGAGCUUCAAUGCGCAAAAAGUGCCCAAAUGGCAGAGAAACUGAACAACGAAAGGGAAGCAAUAUUAAGGGAAGCCACGGAGAAGCAAAAAGAUGCUGAGAUGGAGGAAGAGAAACUGUUAAAGAUACAUGAAGAAGGUUCGCUGUUUUCCACUACAAAUUGCAACAGUAAAGCCUCAAGGGACACUUUGUCUAAAAAAGUAAAAUCGAACGGGUCACAAAGCAAACACAUCCUGGAUCAGAUUCAAACCAAACUUUCGGACCCCAAAGGCUUAAGUCCCACCUUACGUGUGAAAAGAAUCGAACAGCCCUCAAACGUUACCAAGAAAACUCCCGAGGAAGAACCUCUGAAAAUCGUCCAUAACGUCACGAAAAGUGACUCGAAAGUUUUACUGAAGAGUUAUUUUAAUAAAACCAACGUGAACAAACAGGAAUUGGAACGUAUCCCGGAAAAUGUGCUUAAGGACGGCUGGUUGAACAAGUUGCGGAUCUUGCUGAACGAUCAAGAGAGGAUCUUGCAACAAGAGAGGGCAACACCAUUCCUUUCCACUUCAGUGGAAAUAUGUGACAAGAUUCAAAUUUUCAUGCAAGAUAAAUGCCUUCCAUAUCAGUAUAGAAAUUUAAGAGCGAUUUCGACUUGGCGUCAACAGAGGCCACCAGCAACACCAAAGGUGUUUUCCGCCAAUGAAACUCGCAGGAGAUCCUCGGAAUCGCAGGCACCUUAUGCCACCUAUCCAGAAUACGCCCGGAUGCCAAGUAGAAGCGAAUUAGCCGCCCAGCUCCAAGACUUUCUAAGGGAACCGGAGGUGAACAACACGAAACCAGUUCAAACGUCUUACUUGAAUCUGGAUAAGGUGAUCAACGAUUUGGUGCAACAGCUGAAGGAUAUGGAGUAUAAUAGCGAUGCCAGAUCUCCCAGAAGCGAGAUGCAACAUGCCAGUAGGCAAAUUGAGACUAUUGUUGAUAUUCAUAAGAAGCUUUUGCAUCUGAAGACGCAGAACGACUAUUUAUAGUCUAUGCCAUGAGAGGAAUGACGUACAUAAAUAAAACACUUGUAUCAAAAUAAUUGUAAUACUCGUUUAUUAAACAUAAACCAUAAUGUCUAUAUAUAUUUAUAUAAUAAUUUUAAAAAAUUAUGAGAGUGUAAUAAAGAUUUAAAUAAACCAUCA